GCGAAAACGAGUGAAAGAACUAGAGGCUGACAAACGACAGUUGCAGUACGAACUGGAAGGGCGUGAAACGCCAAUUAGCAGUCGAUCACGCUCCAGUUCUAUUGUAACUGACACUGACAUUGAACAUGUAUCUAAGUUAAAGAGCUUUGAAGAAGAGAAUCAAAGACUAAAAGAAAAACUAGAAUCAUUAAAUCAAGCAUUUAUGGAAUUUGAGGAAAAUAAAGACAGCAAAGCACCAAUCAGAAUACUAUUAAAUCAAGUCAACGUACUUAAUGAGGAGAAUGAGAAACACCGUCAUGAGAUAUUGAAUCUCAAGAGUAAACAACGAGAUCAGGAGUUCGGCGGCCUCUCUAUUGGCGUCAACACAGAUUUUGAUCUGUUUAAAAAGGAUCCCGAGUUGAUGAAUGAAGACGGGGAACUACAGAUGGCGUUUCUCUCACAACGUCAAACGAUACAGUUAUUAGAGGCAGAGUUGAAGGCUGAAAGAAAGAAUUUUACACUCAAUGAUAAUGAGCUGAGAGAGGAAUUAAGAAGGUUACGGAAAGAUAAUCAAAGACAGCAAAAACUAAUAUCCAGGAAUCUUGUGUAUACGUCUGAAGCAAAGACCUCUGACAGCUUGCAACAUGAGGUUGCUAGUCUUAACCAUGAAAAUGUGGAAUUCCGAGAAAAGAUAGAGUUGUAUGAGAAGGAAAUUAAGAGACUUAAAAAGCAAGUCAAAUUGGCUGCAAGCAGAUUGAAAAGUAGAGGAGUUGAUCUUAACAUUGGUACACCAGGUAAUCUCACGCCGAGUCCUGGACCAAUAGCAGCGGCCGUACAACGAAAAGACCACGUCUAUAUGGGAAUGUAUGCAUACAAGAUGGAAGACGAAUCUAACCUGAUUAGAAACCUUGUUAUUGAUUUAAAACCUAAACUCACUGAAGGAGUACUUCCUGGCUUACCAAGCUAUAUUAUAUUUAUGUGUUUACGGCAUGCUGAUUACACUAACAACGAUACGAAGGUCAAAUCAUUGCUCAGACAUGGUGAUGACUUUGAGAGUGUGGUGUGUUAUUUAGUCAACACGUGUAGACUGUUGCAUCUUUUGAAACAGUACAGCGGUGAGAAGAAUUUCACAACUCAGAAUACAAAAAAACAAAACGAGCACUGCCUACGAAAUUUUGAUAUAUCUGAGUACCGACAAGUUGUCAACGAUCUGGCUGUACAUACCUACCAAGGACUCGUUCGAUGUGUGGAAAAGAAACUACAAACAAUGAUUGUACCAGGAAUGGUUGAGCACGAAGGAAUAACUGGUGCUAUCAGUAGUAUGCAUGAUGGUAUGUCUAACGAUCAAGAAGGCGUGGAAAGAAUCACUAUCUAUACCAUCACAAAACAACUGAGUACGUACUUGUCGGUGAUGCACAAUCAUGGCUUGGACCCACAGAUUGUUAAACAGUUGUAUAAACAGAUAUUCUAUUUGAUGACUGCUACAACACUCAAUAACCUUGUACUUAGAAAGGAGAUGUGUCAUUGGUCAAAGGGUAUGCAAAUUAGGUAUAAUGUGAGCGAACUGGAAGAAUGGUUACGAGGUAGCAAAUUGGUAGACAGUGGGGCUUCGGAAACGUUAGAACCAUUAGUACAAGUAUCGCAAUUGUUACAAGUCAGUAAGAAAGUAGAUCAAGAUGUGGAUAGUAUUUGUGAACUCUGUACAAAACUGUCAACUCAACAGAUUAUCAAGAUUCUUAACCACUAUACCCCCGUCAAUGAGUUUGAAACUCGUGUUGAAGCGUCGUUUGUUAGGAAAGUCCACGACAAACUGAGAAAGUCUCGCGGAGAUACAGAAACGCAGAAGCUUUUAAUGGAUACGAAGCAUGCGUUUCCAGUUACAUUUCCGUAUAACCCAUCGACUGUGGAACUGGAUACGAUCACCAUUCCAGAGAGCUGGAAUUUAAACUUCUUAGAAAGAAUGUAAAGUGCCUGGAAUACUAGAGGCCUUGGAAGAGAUUUCCUGUGACUGACUCUGUGAUUGAGAAUAAAUUGAGGCUUGAAAUUGCACCCUGUCAGAAAUAUCUCAUUGUGCAAUACCUCCUAGGACAGUAUUUUUAAUAUAAAACCACUUAGGUCAGGUGAAUAUUACAAAGCCUCUCAGAUCAAUGAAAAUUAUCUUCCUCCUCAGUGUCUUCCAGUUGU